GCGGCGCUAUCCAAUGAGCUGAGUGCUACUUUGGGGAAGGUUAUAAGAGGGCCGGGUGCGGAACCUCUCGCCUCACUUCGCCGCAGAGCUCCGGUGGGCUGGGGACAGAGCGCACAGAGGAGCGAGGCGCCAUGUCUGGCCGUGGCAAGAGCGGCGGUAAGGCCCGGGCUAAGGCCAAGUCUCGCUCGUCCCGGGCAGGACUGCAGUUCCCGGUCGGGCGUGUUCACCGGCUGCUGCGGCGCGGGCACUACGCGGAGCGGGUGGGGGCCGGCGCGCCGGUGUACCUGGCGGCCGUGCUGGAGUACCUGACGGCCGAGAUCCUGGAGCUGGCGGGCAACGCGGCGCGCGACAACAAGAAGACGCGCAUCAUCCCGCGACACCUGCAGCUCGCGGUGCGCAACGACGAAGAGCUCAACAAGCUACUGGGCGGCGUCACCAUCGCGCAGGGCGGCGUCCUGCCCAACAUCCAGGCCGUGCUGCUGCCCAAGAAGACCGGCGGCGGCAGCGUGGGCCCCACCAAGGCCGGCAAGAAGGGCAGCCGGCAGCAGUCGCAGGAGUAUUAGGACCGGCCGAGCCCUCGGCACCACACAAAGGCCCUUUUCAGGGCCAACCCCAUUGCUCACCAGGAGAGCUGCGAUCCGCGUGGGGAGGGGGUGUGUCGCGGUCCCGUCGUCGGGACUGGAGGCGGGGCUGGCCCCACCCCGCCCCGUGGCCGGCGCUGCGGGGCUGAGGAGCGCUGGCGCCUGCCGUGGUCCCGGUGCGUGAAGCUGUGAACAGAGGAGCUGCUCCAUAAAGACACUGACACCGGGAUGCUGCUUACCAUUCUGCUGUAUUUAUCACCUGUUACGUUUACUGGUCGUUUCAGAGAAUAAACAAUGCUUCAUUUCCAAAACGGUA